AUGGGACAGCAUUUGAGCUUGAAAAGGCGUCGCAACAUGAGCACAGGUGCUGCUACUGCUGCUUCUAUUACAUCUGCAACCUCUAUUACUACCACUGUCGGUACUGCUAAUGCUGUUGAGAGCGAGAAACUUAGCUACAAAUCUUUUGUGGUGUCAAGUCCACGAGCAGAAGCAGCAGACGAUGACGACACCAUUGAUGAACCUCCAAAAAUACAACAAGGAAACCGGCGACGCCUUGCAGUUAGCGCAGAGGUACCCGAUGAAAAUGAAGCCGCAAAUUAUGAUAAGGUAGUGAUACCUAAAGAUGACGAAACUCGGAGGGCACUGGAAGCAGCAAUGUGCAGAAAUAUCCUCUUUUCACAUCUUGAAGGAGAUGAACAAAAAGCUAUAUUUGAUGCCAUGUUUCCUGUUGAAAAGAAAAAGGGAGAAACUAUCAUUGAGCAGGGAGAGGAAGGCGAUAAUUUCUAUGUGAUUGAUUCCGGUGAAGUAGAUGUAUUUGUAAAUGGUGAAUAUGCAUUAUCUAUCAAAGAAGGUGGUAGUUUCGGUGAACUCGCUCUAAUUUACGGAACUCCGCGGGCAGCAACGGUAAUUGCCAAGUCCGAUGUAGUGAAAUGUUGGGCGAUUGAUCGUAUUACCUAUCGGCAGAUCCUCAUGGGAUCCACAAUGCGAAAGAGGAAGCUAUAUGAUGAAUUUCUGUCGAAAGUACAAAUACUAUCUGAUCUCGACAAAUGGGAGCGAGCGAAUGUUGCUGAUGCUUUAGAGAGAUGCGAUUUCGAUCCAGGAACGCGUGUUGUUGAACAGGGACAUCCUGGUGAUGAAUUCUUCAUCAUUGUGGAAGGACAGGCAGAUGUGUUGCAGAAGCGAAGUGACGAUGCACCUUUUGAAAUCGUCGGACAUUUGUCUUCAUCAGAUUAUUUUGGAGAGAUAGCGCUCCUUUUAGAUCGACCUCGAGCUGCAACCGUAAUUGCAAAAACACCUUUGAAAUGUGUAAAAUUAGAUCGAGCACGAUUUGAACGUGUAAUGGGACCAGUGCGUGAAAUCUUGAAAAGGGAUGUGUCAAAUUAUAAUUCGUAUGUCAAGCUGAUGACAUGA